UUUUCCGGGUGUUUAGUUGGACACUGAACUCUUGACAGGCAAACAAACGUAGCUGUUCUUUUACACUUUUCACCUAAUUUUUGCCGAAAUGAAUCGCAUAUUUGGCAAAGGAAAAGAUAAAGGUCCGCCACCGAACCUGACGGACUGCAUCGGAAGCGUGGAUUCUCGGGCGGAGUCCAUUGACAAGAAAAUCGCCAGACUAGAUGCUGAACUUGUGAAGUACAAAGAUCAGAUGAAAAAGAUGAGAGAUGGGCCUUCAAAGAACAUGGUCAAGCAAAAGGCAAUGAGAGUGCUCAAGCAGAAGAGAAUGUAUGAAAGCCAGAGAGACAAUCUUAUGCAGCAGUCGUUCAACAUGGAGCAAACAAACUACGCGAUCCAAAACCUGAAAGACACUAAAACUACAGUUGAUGCCAUGAAAGUUGGCCUCAAAGACAUGAAGAAGGCUUACAAGAAUGUGAAGAUUGAUAAAAUUGAGGAUCUCCAAGACCAGCUGGAGGACAUGAUGGAGGAUGCCAAUGAGAUCCAGGAAGCGAUGAGCAGAAGCUAUGGCACACCUGACAUCGACGAGGACGACUUGGAAGCAGAGCUGGACGCUCUGGGAGAUGAGCUGCUGAUGGAUGACGACAGCUCCUACCUCGACGAGGCCUCAUCUGCUCCUUCCAUCCCAGAGGGCCUGCCCGGCGACAAGUCAAACAGGGAUGGUGUCCUGGUAGACGAGUUUGGCCUUCCUCAGAUCCCAGCUUCUUAAAGGGGUAGUUCGAAAACAUAUCAUGCUAGUUUUACAUGUAUCAUAGCCCUUUUUUUCCUAUUUAUCCAACUGACACUCCUGGCCGAAAAAGGCAGCAAUAAAAACCAAAGCAUCUUCUGUCCAAUGAAUGGUAGAAACUGUAAGGUAAAAAUCGGGCGUCUUUAAUUAAAGAUUGUGCUUCUGACUCUUUAUAACUAAGCUUGUGAUUGCCGGAAUUAGGUUUCUAUUAUCUUUGUACAGUUUUUGCAGCACCCUGUUGCAAAAAACAAAAUAAAUUAUAUUUUUCAAACAAUA